AUGUCACUACCAAGAAGAAUGUGCAUGUUUGCUACCUGUCAAAGCAACAGGAAGAGUUGCAGUAUGCGCCAAAGCUCAGUGACUUCUGAGGGCUACCGGUAUUCUUCUACAUUUGCUGCGGGUCGGUUGUUUGAUGCCGUGUACGUCAUUAACCUUGACCGACGUCCAGACCGCUGGGAGUUUGCGACGCAGCAGUUGAGCCGCGCAGGUUUCCUUCAUGAGGAAUACGUUCGGUUUCCGGCAGUAGAUGGCAGGAAUGUUGAUCUUCAGAAGGCACACGCAUGCGGUUUGAUUUCGCGGCUCGGGUUACUUCGUCUGCAGGAACCUGAGCAUCGCCGUAUUUGGGGGAUGGACUUGAAUCCCGGGGCUGUGGGAUGCGCGUUAAGCCACGCAUUGUUGUGGGCGCAGAUCGCUGCGAGUCGUCAUCGAUCUGUUCUUGUUGUGGAAGACGAUUCUUUGUUCCCGCAAGACUUUCAUCACAAAUACGAGGCUCGUGCAAAGCAAGUUCCAAGCGACUGGGAGCUGCUAUAUGUUAGCGGUCUUGACACGGCGGGGCAGGCUCCGCAGUUGCGAGUGGCUGAGGGUGUGUGUCGAGUGCCACAAAUGCAUCGUACAACAAAUUGUUACGUGGUUUCGCACAGGGGUGCCCGCCUCUUGUUGGAUGCUUGCUUCCCUGUAACUUACCAAUUGGAUACAAUGAUGACGCUGAGGACUGCGGGUGACGGCGCUGGUGGUGUACCUUACGUAACGGUGCCCAACUGUUAUACACUGCAGCCUCCGCUGGUGGUGCAAGCGACCCGAAUGGGUUCAGACAUUCAAAGUGCGAGCGGUGGCGUAUGUGAUAGGGAUGAGGUGGAAGAGGAAAGGGCAAGGUGUAGGGCCGCAGGGUGGGAAGUUCAGGAGACUGGAACCCUUGUACCGUAG